AUGGCCACAACCGCGCCCGCGGCCCGCCUCCGCUUUCCGAUCGCGGCGCCGAAUAAGAUGAACUCUGCUACACUUGGGCUGUGCGUCGUCGCAAUCGCCGUCCCCCUCACCACAUCCGUCGACUCCCUGGAACAAGAUCCCCUCAUGAUGUGCUUCGCUCUAGCACUGUGCGUGGCUUUCCACCGCGGCAUCGCGCUCAUCGUCCGUGGCCUGAGUUGCAGGGAUCACAAAAAGGGUGAAUUGGUUGGUGCUUGCGUGCCUGAUGAAGGAAACAAGAAGGGUGCUGCUAUGGCUGCCGAUUGGAGGAGGAAGGGGGACCUGGUUGCUGUGGACAGGACAUGGAUUGAAGCUGGCGGAUUGCAUUGGAACGUGGGAGAGCAAGAUGCUGCUGCCUUGUGUGCUUAUAUUGGAGACGAAGAUGGAGACGAAGAACAUAGAGAGCAUUCCCCAAGAACCCCAAAACUGCGUCACCGAGAAGGCGAGGACACGCCCAUGUAUGUAACCCAGCACACCGCAGCAAAAAAGCUCAUGCACCCAACCCAAGAAGAGAUUUGUUACCCGUAG